AUGGAUGGAGCAGCGAAAGAUGCGGAAAGAAUUGCCAAACAAUAUCUCCCCGAACGCCCACACCACCUUUCUUUGUUCUUCGACCGCCGAUUCCCCAGGCCGGAUGGGUGGAGCUUUCUUGGACCAAACCAUCCCCUACAACCAAGCGACCCCUUACAGUACACAACGUACCUAUCCACCGUGCAGCGUGGCAUUCUCAUUACACGCGCCGCCUUUGAAAUCUGCGACGAACCGCCUCUAAUGCCGACCAAGGUCGUCGCCAAGGGCGAGGUUAGGAAGAAGCUCUCCUUAACAGACUAUCACAAGAGAAAGAAGUCCGAGUCGCCGGUAGAGAAUGGGGUCUCGGCAAAGCCGGACGCUAAGGCGAACGGCACGGUUCCUAACAAACCACCACCGCCGAAGGGGUCCACCGAGACGGGAGAUGGGAGGGCCGUCGGAAAACCACAUGCGCCUGUCCAGGCGAACACGCGACCAGAUAGGCCGCGGCCAGACACGAAUGGGGACAGCAGAACUAAGAGUCCUCAAACGAACCCACAGCCCCAGACUGACAGCCGGAAGCGGCCCGCAGAAGCAGACGGCCAUCCUUCACCACAGAAACGAGCCAAAGGUGAAGGAGACGCCAAGAACGCUGACCAGUUCCGUCUGCCGCCGAAGCCGGGCACACCGCGCGGUCGAGAAGGUGUAACAGAGAAGCUACUAAUGGGUGGAAGAGCUGAUACGCUACACCAUCCGGCCAACGGAUUAGCCCCUCCGUCUUCGAAGAGGGAUCGGGACAAUACGGCGUCGCCCAAAUCAACGAUCCAGGUCAACGGAUCAAGGCCUCGGUCAGACAGCGGCACCUCAACGCUUCGGAAGUGGGAAACGGUGACAAAGUCGGCCUUACCCGAACUGUUGUCGCCCCUCCACCCCUCUCUGUUUGCGGGCCCCCCCGGGAAAGAGGGCAAGCUGAAGAAGCCCCUGGAGAAGGCGCCAAGGCCGGAAAAGGAGAAGGUUGGGGCUUCCCCGCCGCCAAGGACGACGAAGAAGCAGCUCAAGAUACCGCGACUGCUCUCCCCAACCCUCCCCACCGUCGUUGAGGAGGUGUUGUCGCAGAAGGCGUGGUCACAGAGCCAGCCCAAGGGCCAAGGGCCGGACUCGUCAAGCGGGGCGAGGAAGACGAUAGUGGCAGCCCCAACGGUACGCGUCGUGGCGCAGGACGAGGAUGAGGAGGAGGAGCCCGCCAAGGCCAAGUUGGUCCUCACGUUCAAGCUGAAGAAAGCAAACGCGAAAAGGGCCGAACAGCUUCUGAGCCUCCCGUCCAAGUCAGCAAAGGACGCUCAAAAGAAGGAGCGCUCCACGAGCACGGAAGUCACCCCACCCCCUCCGCCGGCGACGAAGCGGCCGCGGCUGGCAGACGACGUCCCGCAGGAGACCAGCGCGUCCAAGCGGACCAAGACGGCGGCUGUGGACGUCGUUGCGGGCAGACCCCCCGCCGCGGCGAUGUCGCGGGUGGCGUCGAACCAGUCGCAAGGCGCCACGCCGGCGGCCGCGGCAGGACUCACCCCGGGCGCUGCAGACAACCGACCGCCGACGCGCUCGGAGCCGCUCGACCCGAAGACGCUGGCCCAGGUCGAGGCGUGCAAAGAGCGCCACGCGGAGUACUCGCGGCUGGGCAGCAAGCUAAAGCACACCCGCGACGGCCUCUGUCGUGAGCGUGGUCCGGCCGGAAUGACGCCCGCCGAUGAGCGCCUCGCCACGGCCCUCCACUUCGAGAUGGUGCUCGCCUACAUGGUGGCGUUCCACUCGCUCAACCAGGCGCGCAUGCUCGAGCGCAAGGUCUGCGAGAUUGCGGCGUGGGAGACCCUGCUGCCCCACCUGGCAGAGCUGCGGAACCGGGUGCAGGGCAACAGGGCGCUCAAGGCGUUGUCCGCGCAGAUGCACGUACUGUGUCUGGAGCAGAUCACCAACGCCUUCGCCACGCUCGAUCCGGCAGCCGCGGCAAGCUGCUUUCUGCGGUGGGCGAAGCACAACCGGAACCGGGCGGCGAUGUGGCAGGAGGCGAAUGCGCUGUGGGAGAGGGUGGAGGAGCAGCGGAUGAAGACGGCCGUGGGCCCGUGGACGUCGAUCGAGGAGGCGGUGGCGGCCGCCUUGGGGAUCAUGAGGCACUGGACGCACCGCGAGGGGUUGGUGAGCUGGCAGCCCCUGGUCAAUCCCAGGGCCGAGAAGGAGGGUGACCGGGAUCGCGAGAACGACCGCGACAGGGACCGCGAGAGGGAUCGCCGGAGGGACCGCGAGAGGGAGCGGCCCCGACCGUCACUCAACGGGACCCGGCAUUGA